AUGGAUAAUCAACUAUCUGGUAUAAUUCAAUCGUUAUCAUUUUCAUCGAAUGAUUGUCGAAUACAUGCUCGAAAACAACUUGAUUCAUGGUUAGAUUCAUCAUUAACUUUACUUCGAAAUGCUUAUAAUGAAAAAUUAAAUGAAAUUGAUCAAUUAUAUGAUACACUUAAUGAAGAUUUAGAACUUUACAAACAACGACAAUUAAUGGCAAUAACAAGACAAAAAAAUGAUUUAUUAAAUCAAGAAAUUGAACAAUUACAAAGACAAUUACCAACAUUUAUUCAAGUUAAAAAUAUUCCAGGUUCAAUUUAUAAUCUUGAAGUAUGUCGUUCAACUACUAUAAUUGAUAGACCUACUGUUUGUUCAAUACUUCGUCAUUCAUUAUUACGAAAAGAGCCUGUACAAUCAUAUCGUUUUUCAUCAACUUGUCGUGCUAUGGCAUGCAAUUCAAAACGAGAUGAAAUUCUUUUAUAUGACAAAGAUGAACUUAUUUUAUAUAAAGUUGAUGGUACUUUAGGUGGAAGUAUUUCAUGGUCUACAAUGGAAGAUGGUUUUGUAUCAGAUAUUGUUUGGUGUUCAAUACUUGAUUGUUUUCUUGUUUUGGGUCGAAUGGUUCUUUCAUUAUUUAAUACACAUUUAUAUACAUGUACCAAUAUUGAACAAGUUCGUGGUAGUCAAUCACAUUAUCUUAUUGCUUUAACUUAUGUUCAACAAGAUAAAAGUGUUUUUAUUUGUUCUCAUCAUCCAAAAGAAACUAUUCGACAGUAUGAUAUAUUAUCUGAAUGGAAUUUAAAAAGAACUUGGUCAAAAGAUAAUUUAAUUAAUCAAGAUGAUAUUGGUAUUCGAUGUAUUCGUGUUAAUCCAUCUGGUACACAACUUGGUCUUGUUAUUAAAAAUAAAAGUGAUCAAUUUCGAAUAGGUCUUUAUUCAAUGGAUUUAACACAUAUAUUUUCUACAAUUCCAAUUGUUCCUUCAUCAUCAUUAUUAAAAGGAAUUCGAAGUAUUGAUUUUAUGCUUUAUUUAACACCAUUUAUUGAUGAUCAUUUAUGGUUAGUUGUUUAUGGAAAUGGAAUUCAUGAACAUUCUCUUUUACUUAUUAAUGGUCAAACAGAAAAAUCUGAAACAAUUAUUGAUGAUUCUAUAUUUAAUGCUUGCAUGUUAGAUGAACAAUAUUUAAUAGUUCGAAUGAAACAAUCAAUAUUGAUUUAUGAUAUUCAAUAA